GGAACGCAGCAACGAUGGCAGUACAUAAAGUGUGAUACAAACAAUUUAUUUUGGCCGAGCUAAAGCGGAAAAACAAGUGUAUAAAUACAAAACUAUACAGUAUGAGGGGGCUACAUUUUUUGGCAGUCCUUUUACAACUGAAAUUAGAAUUAAACUUUGGAGUGUGGAGAUACAAUAAUAUUUUGGAGGACGAAAGCUUAUUUACACUACAGAAUGCGGUUUUCUUCAAGUAUGAUGGAUCUGACCUUGUUGAAUGGGAGUAUCCUGAGUCGUGUAAUGUCAACAAUAAAAGCUCCCCGAAUGCCAUCAUGAAAUGCACUUCCACUGGUUUCAAAACGGUAAAGCCAUUGGUGUCUUCACUAGAGGAAGAAGAAACCAGGAAUCUUUUCAUCAUGGAUUCUUUUUUCAGUUUUAUCUGGUAUGCUGUAAUACCUAUGGACAGUGAUUCAACAGAUACAAGCUCCCAGAAAGUGAGAAUGUGGAUUGUUGAUCCCGAGCAAGCGGACCCUGCUGAAAUCGCCAAAACGGCAAUUGUUCCUUCUCUGCAAUCCAGGUAUAUCACUAAACAUUUCUACAACAACGGACAGUACCCAGUGAUCCAGAUGUUGAAUUCAACGCAGAAACUCCCAGGGAUUUUCCAGAAAGAUGGAUGGUUUUGGGAAGUGGCCAUCCCUGGUGACAGAGAAUACAACAAUGUUCGCAUUUAUGGUCAGCCAAUCAGUUUCCAGCAUCGCUUUGUUAUAGACAGUCAGCACACAUUUUAUGGGGCAGAACCCGAAGUUCCCAACGGGGGGCGUGAAGUGUCUUUGCGUCUGGCCCCAGGAUGCCCGUUAUCCUUGGUGUGGGGCACCUGCAAACCCUAUCAGGCUCUGCUCCUCUCCGACUCAGGAACCCUAAUAACUAAGAAUGCCUUCCUCACUUCCGAGGAGCUUAAGGUGGACCCAGGAAUGUUGCCUGUCCCUCUUGAGGGAUAUUUCACUGUGGACCAAGCAGCUCUUCUUGAGGACGGCAUCAUAUUCAGAAUAGAUGGCGCCCUGUACUGGAGGGAUAACCAGGAUGGCGUGCUGACAGAACAUCCGCAGCUUCCCACGAGUGGAGUGAAGGGUCUCUAUCAGAGAACGUGCUGCGUAAGUCACUACCCGGGUCAGGAUACUGAACUCAGCUCUAUAAUUGUGUGGAAGGACCAUUUGUUGCUUCUGGGCCCUAAGCAAUUGAAAAACCCGGGUAGGUCAAAUUUUCUACAAAUUGUGCUGACGCUCCCGCCAAGCGUUACCAUUUUAACAGCGUCGUUCGGCUCCCAGCCGCCAUCCCUGGCCACUCUGGUGAUUAACGACAAUCCAAGCGCCAUCCUCCGCCCCGUCCUCAUCAGUUACAAUGAACUCAGCCCUGGUUGGAUAACCAGUACCUUCAUGGCCAAGUUGAAGCCUGAGGACAUACCCAAAGGGCCGUUCCGAAUGCGCUUCCUAGAAUCAGCCCAUGCAUCCCUAUUGCUGUGGAACGAAGAGACCAUCCUCUACAGCUUUCACAACGACAACGACUGGGGGGAGGUCAGACCCUUUAAUGCCUCACACAUCAGUGCCGCAGCUCAAGGCAGUAAAAUUCACCAAGUGUCCUUGGAUCACCAAUGGAACAUGCUGGUGAAGAUGGAGAACAACAUGCUGUUCUUCGGUAAAGUGGGCAUGCACGAGGUGGUGCUUCUGCCCCAGUGGAUGGAGCCGGCCAGUCGCACGGUCCUCUACCUGGACCAGAAAGAGCAGUUUAACAUGCUCACCCUGACGCCCGAGGGACUGCAUGUCCACAAGUACCCAAUGACCAUGGAGACUAGGAGCGCAAUGAAGGGCAGCUACCACGAAUGCCCCUUUAUUUCCUUUGAGCACAGCAUGAACUCUGUUUGUUAUAACAUCGAUAAGGGAGAGAAGAUAGUCCUGUGGGCUAAGGUAGUUUAUCCAGAAGGCAAAGGUGUUUAUGUCAGGUUCCUUAGCAACAGGAAUGACCUUCUUUUGAUUACGCAGAAGUCUUUCUUUGAGGGUGUGAACAGUGUGGACACUGUUAACAUGACCUUUCUAAUCAGCCAGGAAGUGGACUACAGUGACCCAACAAGUUACACAGAUUUAAUAAAAAAAACAAGUGGCAUUGUUACCCUGGAACUAAUACCCAACCAGAUUGGUAACACAUGUAAUUUGCCAAAGACUCGGAUAUCCAACUUUAAUGUUGGCUGUCCACCAAAUAGACAUAUUCGUGUUGCUAGGCCUUGGGGAAUGCCUUGUGAGAUGAACAGCCUCACCAACUAUACAAUUCCAAGGUCUGUACUCCGAAAUCCACCUCCAGAAGAUCUAGUUGUGAAUUAUGACUGGGAUACAUUUGGAUGUCUACUUGAAACUCACUAUAAAAAUCCAUUUCAGCCAACCCUUGUCCUAUAUGACGGUGACAACUUUGUUCGAAAUGUGAAUGCCAACUUCAUAGUGUGGGAAAUAUUUGGUCGGAUGGACUAUUCUUUCAAUGAAACCAUGCGUCAGGUUGGCUGUCUCUGUGAAGCUCAGACUUGGAGGUCUUUGUUGACUCCAGGGCAAAGCCUGGGGGAGGCCUGGGGUCCUGAGAACUACAGGACUUGUUUUGGGGUCAUCCCUGGCAAGUUGGGGAACCUGGACACGCAGUAUGAAAUUAUGAACAGUAGUUCCAACAACUUCCUGACAUUUUCCCAGGUGAACAGUGCUAUCUAUGUGUUCAGUGUGAAGGUACUGGACCCCAAUUACAGCUUCUGUGACCUUCGUGCUGUGUUUGCCAUCAAAACCUAUGGUGUCACAAUUCCGAAGUAUGAGUAUAUAACUAAAUAUAUGGACCAAGUGUUUGUCUUUUUCACACUCUGUGUACUGGGCUACAGUUUCUGCCGAUAUGUGAAGAUUUUCAGGAGUCUGAUGGCAACCAGAAGGCAAGAAUUGGUAUAGGUAAUUCAGCUACAUGAACAAUGUGGAUUUACAACUUAUUAUGUAAUACUUAAGUUUUACUUCAGUUAUGCACAUUGUUUAAUUGUAUACUGAAUGUCUUUGUUGUUUCCUAAUUGUCUUUGCAGUUUAUAAAAUGUUUAGUUACCAGUCUCAAAACUAUUGUUGAUCUUUAAGUUGUUAGUUUUCUUUUA